AUGGCCUUUGCCGACGGAAACAAGUACAGUGCAGCAGUUGAUGCAAUACAUUUAUCACGCUGCUUUCCAACUACCCAGGACGACAAAGACUGGGUCUCUCAAGCUGCACUAACGUCAUUCGCAGCCUCUGGAUCCAGAACAAUGACGGCUGGAGUGAUCUAUUGGGUUGACAAAGAGUAUCGGCAUAAAGGCCUGAUUUCCUCGUAUUGGCUCUCGGAAAAGAUUCCUAGACAUCUUAUCACCAAGCUGAUCAUCGACAUUGGAGAAUAUACACCAGAGCAACAGAAAACGCUCAAAGCUUACAAGAUGAGGACAUUUGUAAUGCCUUUGAACAAAACGAGACAGCAUAUUGGAGCCAUUCAAGACGACAACUUCGAACUCAGCUUUUACAAGGAAAGUGGCUAUGCUCUACGCGGUUCACUUUGGACGGAUAGGUUUCGGCUCCAGCUGUCAGCAUUCAAGCUGAACGAACUCAAUGCGGUCAAGAUCUUUGGGCCCGAGCAGAUCAAGACUUUAUAUCUGGAUUUAGGGCAAGCAUUCGUGAUAGGAGCGAGUGUCCUGUUGCCCCAUCGUGAGAGACCCAAGCUGGACAAAGGAACAGGGACGAACAUUGCCAUCAAGGAACCAUCUGGAGAGAUAAAGGCUCUCAAGUUUUCCAACCUCGCUGUCAAGCAGAAGGCGAUGUAUCAGCCCACACUAAAACACUGA